AUGACUUUCAAUGGCCCUACCCAACCUAAUCCCGACGCAAUCUCAGACGUGGAACUAGAACCGAUCCAAAUCGCCAGCAAACAAGAUAACCCGUGCUUAGUUGCAUCUGCAGAGCCCUUCAAUCCAGAUAACCCCAAAGAUUGGCGAAGUAAUCAGAAAUGGGCUGUUACCGACGUGCUCUCCGCCACAUUCAACCGCGUCAUGGUGUCGACCAUCAUGGCACCAACCUUGUCGACAAUCGCGAAAGAGUUCGGCAUGGAUGUCACAGAGUCCGCCAUGGCUUUGUCAAUCUAUCGUUUCUGGCGACGGCAUUCGGGCCCCUAG